GAAUGGUACACCAGAAUAUCUACCUUCGAGGACUUGGUAUGGAGAGUUCAAAACAAUUGCCAGAGCGAGACGCCUACCAGAACAGCCAUGUAUUCCAUCCAUCAGGCUUUCAGCCCUUUCAUAGCGGUUACGCUGGCGGACCACAGAUUCUGCACCAUCCCAAGCAGCCACCGAACAUGGCAUAUCAUUAUGCCGUCCAUACACACUUUCCACCCGGACCUGUGAUGAAUGGUACUCACUUUGAUUACAGGCAUCCAGUAGUACCACUCAGCCCAAUGACCCAAUCAGGUCCGUCACCGCACUCAGCAUCUCUAGUUCCAUUUCCUCCGUCACCUCUUUUGUCGCGAAGAGGACCACCGCGCAAACCCAGGCGUUCGGGCCACGCUGUAUGGGUUGGAAAUAUCCCUCUGGGAGCAUCAAUCGAGUCCUUGAAAGAUCACUUCUCUCGCGAUGCGACCAACGACAUCGACAGUGUCUUUCUCAUGUCCAAGUCAAACUGCGCCUUCGUCAACUAUCGCACGAAAGAAGCAUGCGAGGCCGCCGUAGAACGCUUCAACCACUCUCUGUUCGGGAACGUAAGGUUACUCUGUCGUCUGAGACGAGACACCCAAAAUCGAAGUCGCGACGAAUCCACAUCACCAGUGCCUCCUCCCAGCUCAGAUCGCAGUGACUCAGUCCUCGAAUCCAAUGAUUCACGAACUGUAGAUGGCCUGAGCGACCAGAUCGCCAAUCUAACCAUCUCCUCCGACCGCGAUUCCGAAAAAACUCCCGCUCAAGACCAAACCUCCUCUGACCCUCCCCGCCACCUUCAAGACCGCUACUUCGUCCUCAAAUCCCUCACCAAGGAAGACCUAAACGAAUCCCUCCAAAAAGGCACCUGGGAAACUCAACCCCACAACCAAACUCUUCUCGACUCCGCUUACCGCGAUGCUCAACGUUGCGGUAAGACUGUUUAUCUCAUUUUUUCGGUCAACAAAUCUGGAGAGUAUUUCGGUUAUGCGCGUAUGACCGGGUCGCCGUUUGACAACGCCAAAACUUCGCAAGUUAGCAGCGAGAAAAGUCCCGAUAUUCAAGGUCUCCGUAUCCUUAAAACUCCGCCUACGGCUACUGCUCCUCAAGGUCAAAUCGUCGACGAUCAGGCGCGGGGGACGUUAUUUUGGGAAGCCGAGAGACGGAACACCUCUUCCUCUUCCUCCCCUUCCGAGUUUUACGAUGAUGACAAUUCCGCUGAAAACUCUUCCCUCCCUUUCAACAUCUCUUGGCUCUCGGUACGACGCGUUCCGUUUCAGAAGACUAAAGGGUUGAAGAAUUCUUGGAAUUCGGGCAAGGAUGUUAAGGUUGCGAGGGAUGGGACGGAGUUGGAGAGUGGGGUUGGCAGGAAAAUUUUGGAGUUGUUUUGUGAGGAGGGGAGGGGGCAAGGGGAGGUAACAGUGGGGAUUGUGGAUGGGUCGGGUGGGGGCGGGAGGAGGUGAGGGAGAGAGAAAGAAAGGGAGAGGGGGGUUGAGGGAGGGAGGGAGUUUGCAAGGUAUUGUGAUGGAAUGGGGUGUAUGUGUAUGCUUGGGAAUGUGAUUAUGAUGAUUAUGAUGUUGGUUGGGAGUAGGCAUUGUAGUGUGUGGUGAGAUAGGUAAAAGUGAGGAUGGAAAAGAAUGCAUUGUCAUACCUGAAUUGAUUGUG